AAUCCCUGAAAAGAAUUCAACUGGAACAGGAAAGAACAAUUCUCGCUUUUUUUUGGAAUAAAUGCUUUCCACUAAGAACAGUAAAACGAGCACACCAGGAUACGAUGAAUAUAUCGGUUACUCUCGUUGCAGCGAGAGAACAAUACUAGACCUUCGAGGGAUGAGGAGACUCCAUGUGCUGGAAUUUUGAGUAAAGUUAGGAACGGGAUCAUGGCGGCCUCGCCUUUGUUCACGCAGGUAGCCGAACCCUGCGGCUGCUCGCCAUCAUUGUUGGAUAAUAACCUGACCUCCUCACCCACCUUGGCAGCCUUCAGCUCGAGAAAUAAGGUACUACCACGUCUUAUUACAGCCACUAAGUACCUGGAAUUAUUUUGCGGGAGCGGGAGGUCGCGAUCCCAAUGGUAAUGAUCCGUCUUGUCGACCUUCACCUUGAAGAACAACGUUGAUACUGCAUCUUCAUCGUUUAGUGAGUCACCUUGUUCAUCUUUCUUCGUUCGUCCGCCUUCAGGUAACGUUUCUGCAUCCGGAGCAGUGUCGUUUUUUUCCAGGCCCACAGCUUGGUGGGCAGAUCUUUUACCUGAAGUAUUUGCGCUUGUUCACUGGUGAGCAUGUAUUGUGUGUGGGAUUUCAUGGUUAUGAAAGGAAACUACACUGCACUCACACUCAAGAAAUUGGCCAGGAUUUUUUAAGUACAGGGGGAAAGUAGCAGUAGCUGCUUUAUUUUUGAUCAAGUCGUGUGAGUCCGCUUUUUCUUUUCAUAAUGGCGGGACACAGAUAUACUCAGAAGAUGGCAGUUUCCUGUUGCAUUUGGUGCCCCUCGACACGUCCGCUCCGAACUCGGCAAAUGGCGGGCCCGGAGCGUCAGCGAAUAUCAGUUAAGCCGAAAAAACCGCGAUUCGCGAGCUUUGUUAUAAGAUACUUAAUAGACUUUGUUAAUAUGUGGCCUCUUUCAUAACCACGCCGCAAUGAGUGGAGGAGAGGAGGAUCCAUCUGCGCCUGCUGUAGCUGCAGAGCACCGCAUGCUUAUGGCUACACGACCCUUUACAUAAGCUCAAUAAGUAGAUUCAUCCCUGUUCCUGUAGUCCUGCCGUAUAACCAGAGUGUCUCUCCCUGGGACACGCGCAGAGCCACGGCAGAAUUAACAAUGACGUCACGAUUCAGACACCUAAGGAAUUAUCAUGACCCCGCACAACUUGUUCCAGUAAAUGCUCUUCAUUUGCUACCUCUAAUAACUCAUGUCAUCGCGGUGCAUGUUCGCUUUCUCUGCAUCAACCUGGUCGGCAAGUACUAUGCUUUGGCGAUGAUGUUGGGGUGGUCCAUUUUUGCAGCUACCUCUGUCUCCAACCUGGCGGAGGGAGUUUUGUUAGGCUUGGAAGUUGGUGAAAAUAAGUAUUUAGGAACUUCGGCUUGGCUUAUCUAUCAACAACAUUAUGUUGAAUAACAAGUACUUACAAGAGUUCGUGCUUUCGCUGGCUGACUGUUGUUGUUUCGGUACCUUUUCUACAAAAAAAUCCAGCUGCUCUAAUUUGAGUUUGACUAUGGGAGCUUCAAAGAUCUUCUCGUCCGUCUUAAAUAGAAUCAGUCUUCUAAGUUUCUAUCCAAUUCAGAACGAAUUGGUUUCGGUGACGCAGCUGGUGUAACCUGCCUCGAAACCGUCGGAAGGCCUGCGGGCGUAGCCGAGUCUUCAGCACCCGAUCGUAGUUUGAUUCUGAUUCUUUUGACAUUCUCGAAGCACAUGAUAGAAGGAAAAUAACCGGAUGAUUUUUUCUCGCCUUACUCCCUUCAUUCAUCAAUUCAUUUGCGAGGGUGUCGUGUGUACUUCUCUAUAUCUGUGUCUAUUUUACUUUCCGUCUCUAUUCGACUUGUUGGAGCUACAAGAUGUAAGUACCUAGACGAAGAUUGUUCAUUGAUCAUCACAUCAACGAUUCUAACAAGUACAACUAAUUCAUUUUUGAUACAGAAUCAAGCGAGCUUUUAGUUGGUUACGAAGAUGGUGCGCUUACUUGGUGGUCUGUGUCUGGGCUGCAUAUGGAUGCCCCGUUAAGUCACGAGCAACUACACCAUGACUCGUUUGACUUAUGACUUCUGGAAAUCUCCCACUUUGAAAAGCAUCCUGGACCUCCUUAUUCUAAAGGGAGAAACGAGUGGUCCAGGAUGACUCUCAAGAUGGAUUCCCGAAAGGUCUAAUUGACGACGUUCCCGUAACGAUACAGAGCAUAAUACCACCCGAUGCGCCCUCAGCAGAUAAUGCUGCAUUAUGAAAAAUACAAACAAUAAAGAAAUGAAAAGUUUUGUCCGAUUUUUUAUAAACAUCCUUACAACUACCACUUCUACCACUACCUUCUUCUUCAUCAAGCUGUCGUGUACUACUAAAUAUCGAUUUUGGAUAGGCAUUGCUCGUUUUGUUGAACGCAAGGGGCAUGACGACGACCCGUCACCUGGUAAAUGUUGUCUGAAGGUAUGAUCAUGUAUCAUGUAAAGGCAUCUUCAGCAUUACCUUUCUCUUUCAUACGCAAUAGCGACAGCAGUAGCAUUUGGCUCAGGCCGAGUCUUGCUCUAUACAGGAGCAAGAGAGCGAUUCGCCGAAAUAGCUGCACAUGGGAGAUGGAUCACAGGACUAGCGUUUGAUCCUGUUUUUAUGGACAACUACACUCAAAGUAAGUGGCAUUUGAAUUUGUUGAUUCGUCUCCUGUGCAUGAUAGUUAAGUGAUGAUGAGAAUAGAAGCACCAAUCGACGAUGGACCAUAUUGACCCCGUUCAUUUCCUCGAGACUGCUCGCGAGUGCUAGUGAAGACACAGUUUUGAACGUGUAUAGAGUAGACGAGACUAGUGGAGUGACCAUGGCGCAUAGCUCAGUUGUCGACACGAAACUGCUUACGGGACUAACCUGGAUAACGCCACAGGCGCCAAGAGCUGUUACGGUGAACUUUGUAAUGUAGUUGAUUACAAAGAGAAGAUAUCAAGAAGAACCAACAUUGUAUCUAUACUUUCCUACUAGUUGUACAAGAAGUACUACAAAAACAAUUUAUGUUGCCUCCAAAUUUCAUGAUUCUUAGUAUGAUGGUUUAAAAGAAUUCUCCUUCUGGUUUUCUUCAUUUGUCAUGGGAGCACGCAGCCGGAGCUCGCGGUAGUUGCAUACGAUUCUGAGAGCUAUCAGCGGAUUAAGUUGUAGCGCGUUGUAGUGCAGCACGAGUCCUAACUGACUCUGCGCGAUGUAGUGGACUCCACUUGUUGUCGCGCCUACUUCAUUUUUUAAGCUUACGACGCAGUGAAUAGCAUCAACAAGAAUUAACUGCGACGCCUACGAGGACCACGAGAGGUAUUGACACAACUUUGAUCACUUAUACAGUUACGCCUUCAUCAUGAUGAUUCCUUUUCUACAACUGAUCGAUUAUGCUGAACCUGAAGAUGAUCAUUCUUGGUACAACAGCUAUAAGAGGGGGGUGGGGUAUGUCUUUUCAACAGAUUUGUUUCUAGGGGGAGAAAAAAUGAGGGAGAUCCAAGUUUGUGCGCAGCGUACUAUUUUGCGUCUUGUUGGGCUGCCUCUUGCUCUUCUUCAUCUUCACACAAGCCAUGACUGGGAGAGUCUUAAAAA